AGACAUUUUUUUUUAUCCUCGCACUCUCUCCUCCUCAUCUUUCAAUAUGGAUCCUACCCAUUUUGAUUUUCUGAAGUUGGAGAAUGCACCUGAAUUUGACUGCUUCAACUUUGAAGAAAACCCAUUUGGAAAGGUAUUGGAUUGGCCGCCUUUUGAAGUGGACAGUUUUUACGACUUCGAUUCACCUGCAUUGCCUUGCCAGACCAAUUGCUAUAUUGAGUUCAACGAUUUUGAUGAUAUAAGUGGUGACUUUGCCUUGUUUGAUCAGAACAGUACUCUCCCAUCACUGAAUGAAGAUAUCAUGGUUGACGCAAAGCCACUAAAGACAUUGGCUGGUUCUUUCGGGCAGUAUUGUGACAAUGAUACUAAUGGUGGGUCAAGUGAAACAUUAAGUAUGAUUCAGAGAGAGUAUGGAGAUUCAAGCGGACUACGUGGAGAGCAAACUAGUAGGAUUAGUGGAAGGAAGAGGACUGCUCCAUUGGAAUUACAUGAGAUUCAGAAGUAUUUCGAUUUACCGAUUUCAAAAGCUGCUAAAGAAAUGAACGUGGGUCUAACUGUCUUGAAGAAGAGAUGCAGGGAACUUAACAUCAUGAGAUGGCCUCAUAGGAAGAUCAAAAGCUUGAAGUCCCUCAUUAAAAAUGUCAAGGAGCUUGGAUUGACUAAUGAGAUAAUGGGGUUGGAAGAGCACAAGAGGAUGCUUGAAAAACUGCCAGAUUUGGAAUUGACUGAGAGAACCAAGAAGCUAAGGCAGGCUUGUUUCAAAGCCAAUUACAAGAAAAGAAGGUCCCUGGCCGCUUGUUCUUGAAUGCCAUGCUGUUCUCUGUUUAAUCAGUGCUUAU